CCUGCAGUUUCUGUCCCGCUGAAACACAUAUUUAUUGCGCAUUGAAGAGUCAGUCGGGCACAUGUAAAAAAAAAAAAAAAAAAAAAAAAAAAAAAAGAAGCAAGAAAAGAAAUGAAGUCCAUGUUUUUGUUCAUUUUCAUCAUUUGGUUUGCAGCUGCAGAGCUAAAACCCCGGAAAGGGUCCGGUGUGGUGUGUACUUUCAAAGACAAGACAUAUAUCCCAGGAGACAGCUGGCAUCCUUAUCUAGAGCCUUUUGGGUACAUGUUCUGCAUACGCUGUGUCUGCACAGAGACAGGCCAUGUGAAAUGUAACACAAUCAAGUGCCCUGUCCUGCCAUGUGAAAACCCUGUAGCUGAGCCUCAGCAAUGCUGUCCGAGAUGCACAGACGAGCCGAGGAUUCCUGCAGGGCUGAGGGCUUCGGUGAAAUCCUGCAGGUAUAAUGGGAGCAUUUAUCAGCCCGGGGAGACAUUCACCAAACACAACCUCUUCCCAUCCAAGCAAAGCAAUCAGUGUGUUAUGUGCACAUGCUCUGAUGGAAACAUCUUCUGUGCUCUGAAAACCUGCCAACCUAUCACCUGUUCCUCCCCCGCGUCUGUUCCAGAUACCUGCUGUUUGCUGUGUAAAGAUCAUGGCAUCAGUGGGUCCUCAUCAACUGAGGAUGGAAACCAUCAGCUAAACAGAGGAGUUAGGCAUUCGGUUGAUCAGUGCUCUGGAGAGCAGAGCAGGGUGCGGUCCAACCGCGCCACUGCACCCAGGACCUCUCCUAGAGGCCAGAGUCUCAGUAAACUCAACCUUAAAGGGGCUUCAGAGACCACCGUGAAGAUUUUGUUGCAGAGGAAACACCAAAGAGCGUGUUUAUACAAUGGCAAGACAUACUCUCAUGGAGACAUGUGGCACCCAGUUUUGGGUAAAGUCCUGGAAUGCAUCCUGUGCACUUGUACUGACGGGAUCUCGGACUGCAAACGCAUCACAUGUCCUACCCAGUACCCUUGCCAACAUCCUAUGAAAUCAGCGGGAAAGUGCUGCAAGACUUGUCCAGAGACUAAAGCUGAAAGUAACCAGACCCAGUGCUAUCUCGGACAUAAAAAUAACCUCUUGGUGUAUAAAGUUGAAUCAGCUCUGAAUGUUGACUCACCCAACGCAGUCAGGAUCAUUGCUGUUGAAAGACAAAGUACUGCUGAAGUUGAAGUACAAGUAUGGAACACUAUAGAAGGCGUUUUACAGUUAAUGGAAAUUGGCGACAUUCAAAGGAAAGACAUUUUGGAUCAUCCAGAGAACUGCACGUUGCUCACAACACUCGAUGAAGAGACAUGGAGAAAAUUUAAAGAGGAAGGAGAAAAUCUGAGUAAAGCUCCUCAGACCACGAUUUGUGAAGAUGGCAUUCGGGAGAUUGUGACUUUCCUAAAUCCUAAGCAAACCGAAGGCCUGUGUUCACCCUAAUUGUCGCUCUAUGUAUCGUUAUUCAGAAUAACUACUUGGAUGUGCAAGUCAAAUAUAUUAUCUAUACUGUUUUUAAUCCAUCAUUGACCAUCAUGUUUAAUCAUCACAUAUUUUAGUUUUAAACUGUUAGGUUGCACAGCACAGUCUGUAGCAGUGUGCUCGACAGCUGACUUGCUUAUGAUGUGUACUUGUAAUAAUUCCAAAACUAUCAUGAAUUUAGCUAGGUGCUAUAAUUAUAAACAAAAUGUGAACAUGUGAAUAAGAAAUGUAGAUUUCUUAGCAGCUUCAUUCAGUUGUAAUUUUGGGACGAAGGCUUCAAAGACUGUUUUGGCAUUCACUCAGUGGGAUCAGUAUUUGUGGAAGAAGGAAAAAGCUUUGCUUAAGUACAUGAAAGGAACUUGUAUUUUAAUAUAAGUUGGGAUAGAAGCCACAUUUUGUUUGUUUGUGUGGUCAUCAAAGUAUUUAUUGUAAAUACAGCAAGUUUUUGUCGCCUUAUUUAAAGGGUAUUGUUUCCUAUAUGAUUUCUGUGUAUAUACAUGUGACUGCUUGAAUGUUUUUCUUUUUUUUUCUUGAAGUAGUUUCAGGCAUUACAUGGGAGUAAAUGCACAGCUUUUUACAAUUGUGCCUUUUCUGUUGUUAGCUAAAGACCUAUUGUAGCUUCUUUUUGUAUCCAGCUGCACAGUUUGUUGUAAUAUCCUGAUAUUUUACUGCUCCACAUACCUUUUGUGUAUUUUACAGUGGCUGAUGUAGUUGAAUGUACUCUGUACCACCCCUCAUGGGUAUAAAUACCAUAAAGUUUUCUCUGAUUUGUG